CUUCUGUGUGCUCGUUCAUGUGCCCAUUGGUCACAUAUAUCACAGUUUUGUGUCAACGACGUGUCCGUGUGUCUGUCUGUCUGUCUGUCUCUGUCAACGAUGAGGCCAACAAAUACACCCCAGGCAGGUCAACUACACAUGGACCUCUACACACACCGACCAUGUCGGUCGGUCGGUCAGUCAGUCUUCGGUCGACGAGUAGACGGAUGCGGGAACGCUGCUGUACUGCAGCCGACGCAAAAUGCCUCGAGCCAACUCGGCCUGCACCGACACACACAGCCCAGCCACACAGAGACGGCAUACGAUACACCCAUGUGCUGUGCGGGAGCAUCUUGCGUGUGGCAUUCAUUCAUUGUGCGCUGGCUGACAUUGACAACGCUGGCCAUCUCGCCCCUCGAAAGGCCGUGCAGCAGACUCAUCAAAUUCUCCCUGUGGAUACCAUCCACACAAACAGACCGACUGACUUGCCAUCGAUUCAUCCAUUCUGCUGGUGUGGGUGUGGGUGUGUGUGGACUUACUUGGAUAGGAGUGCGUGUCUGUCCUCAGGCGAUAGCUCCCCAGCGUGCUCCAGCAGGGCCCGCAGUAACCGCAGCAGACGGCCCUGAGCUGCACUUAACAAACCACACACCAUGAAUAGGCACAGAGCAAAGAAUAUAUAGGCACUUUAGAACCAUCGUGAUUGAUGGUAUGCACUGCACUCACCUUCUGCGUUGCCCUCAUCGAGCGUCUUGCCUGCAGUGGUGGGCGGGGUGGAUCGUGCAAACACAGACAGGGAGCCCAGCCCGAAUUAAUUACCGCUUGAGGACGACCUGAAAUCAUCACUCCCACACUUACAAAACUGAUGUAGGAAGUCGUGGCUCUUGAGGAUGGCGUCGCGCAUGGCACUCGAAUGCGUUAUCAACUGACAUACACCACACCACACCCCACACCCCACACAUAAUCACGCCCUCCGGUGGCCUGGCUCGGUCUCACCCGUCCGGUCGAGUCGACGAGCUUGACGAAUGAGCUCCUGCAUGCCAGCUUCUGCCAGGCCACGCACAGGUUGGCCACCAGCUGCUCCUUGUGUGCCACCAGCAACUCCUCAAAUGGGUCAGUCGACCACAGCGACGCUACAUCGGCCGACGACUCCCCCUCACCACCUUCACUGUGGUCAAACGAGGCUGCCGCACUCAACCUGACACACACACAUGAACACACCAAGACACAUACCGAUGGUCAACACACUCGUCUGCUGCAGGGGGGGAUGGUGUGUGUGUGUGUGUGGUUCCUUACGGCUGGUGCAUUGGGACGAGUGCCUCGAGAGCCACGUGUCGCAGGUCGAGCAGUGGCUCGCCCUCGAGGUCGCCGAGUCUGUCGAUGAAGAAGGGCACCCCGCCGUCCUCCUUGACCUUGUGUCGUGUGAUGGAAGACGCCUGUGAGAGGAUGCCCAGCCCCUCCAGGGCUUUCGCGCGGAAGUCGUCUGACCAGGGGGAGGACGGCCGGGGGUCCUGCACGAUGCGGAUCAUCAAGGGCACGAUGCCCGCUAGGGCCGCCUGCUCCUGAAAAACAUAUAGACAGACAGACAGACAGACAGGCACACGCAGAGAGGGAGAGGCGGAGGGGUGAUGCGUGUCAACAGGGAGGUAGGGCGGUCGGUUAGCUUACUUGUCUGGGUUUUGAGACUUUGGAUAAGAUAUGGAUGUUCCACACGAUCUCCUGACGAACCAACUGCAUUGCAUUCAUUGCCGCCACACAGUCGCAGACAGGGAACAAUGAGAUUGAUAGACUGUGUGUGCGCAUUCACGAUGCUUUCAGUGGUCUGGUUGCCCUCGGUCUCCUCCCUCAGCAGCAGAUGCACCAGACGCUCCACCAUACCUGCACGACCAUCGCACAGACAGGUGCAUCAUCCAUCCAUCCAUCCGACUUUUCUCUUAUCCAGCCGACCGACCCUCGUUCUCGAAAAUGUUGCCGAAUGAGCCCUCGCUCGCAAGGCCGUGGAAACAUCUUCAGGACCAAUCGAUGCACAUCCACACACAAACAGGACAGGAAGGGCGCCUACGUUCUUGCUCCCUCGCUCCCUCACUCACUUGAGUACUUUCAGCUUGGCCUCGGUGCCCAGGAUGUCCAGGCAUGACGACAGGGCUGACAGACACACACACACACACAAGCACAGAUAUGGAGAGAUGUAGAGAGAGUGACAGACUCAAUAAAUGGGAUGGGAUGCUGCUGCGCUGCGCUGCGCUGCGUCGGGCACGGUACCGUCGAUGACGAAUCUGAGCUGUUCGUAGUCGUCUUUGGGUAUCCACACCUUGACGAACGACGAACUCGAAAACAGACACUCCAACGCAUCCAAGACCCUACACACAUCCAUCCAUCCAUCCAUCAAUCCAUCAUUGGUCGGUCUGUAUGUGGCCAUAUUGAGGCGCAUACAUACUUGUCAAGCCGUGACCUGGCCUGCUUCCUUCCCGAAGCGGCCAGGUCAGCCAGGUCAGCGGCGAGGAAGUCGAUGGACUCCACCAGCGCACGCACGCCGUACUUGCAUGCGAACAGGCGGCAGAAGUCGUUCCUGAGGACGUUGUUGUGCACCAUGGCGUCCACGACAUCGAUGCCCACAUGGACUAGGUCUUCGUCUUCGUAGUAGUUGGACCGGAUCAAGUUCACCUGCACACACACCCACACUCGGUGUGUGGGUGUGGGUGUGGGAGGGCAUCAUCCAUCGCAUGGUCCCGCCCCACCUACCACGGCGUCCGAGAACUGGUCGAGGCACUGCGUGGGGAUCCUGGUGCGGCUCAGGUGCUCCAUGAAACGACCCGCCUCCAACCUACACACCAUGCGCCACACACCGUCAGUCAGCAUCAGCAAGGCAAGACUACCAGCAUCACCUGAUUCGCGCGUCGUACGCCGCGUGUGUGAAGCGGAGUGCCUGCGCCACCAGACCAGGGCUCAGCAGACUCUCGGCAUGCUCACGCAACGACGACUUGCAGAACAACUGCACCAUCCACACACACAGCGAGAGAUCCCUGCUUGGCACCCCACCCCUCCCAUGUGCCUGUCUGCAAACGGCUAUAUGUUUGUUAGGGUCGGUACGUGGUUGAUGAGCUGCAGGACGGCCGCCGUCACCUCGGGGUCGUUGAGGUGGAGGGACUCUGCGUAGACGACCGACCGGCCGAUUGGUUGAAUGGCGUGCCGCGCGUGUGGAUAUGUGUGUGUGUUUCUCUCUUACUUACCAAUGCAGUGUACUGUGCCCUGUGAGGCCACCUUCUGCGCCAAAGUGUCGUCCCUCAUCGUCUCGGCAAACACACUCACCUGCACACAUGAAUGACUCAGCACAGACAUUGUUCAUUCGUGGAGCCCACGGCAUUCUCUCCCUCCCUCCCGCGUGUGUCCAUGCAUGCACCCACCCACACACCAGUUUGGUCUUGGCCUCAUGGCCCGACGGAUGCGCGAAGGGCAGCGGAUGGAUGGAACGCAGCUGAAGCCACAUGCACCCCACACACCAAACCAACAAAUAUGCACCGCACCCUCCCAGCGUCCGUCCUCCCCUCUCCUCCCUGUAUCAUCCAUCUCACCUGCGCCAGUGCACUCGCGAUCUCUUCCAAAUACUGCGACCCUGCCGUGUUGGUCGCAUCCAGCCUCUCCAUCGAGAACGAUGUCUGGAGGCCGCUGAUGCUGACCACCCUCUCAGGGGCAUGCGCAUGCAUCAUCAUGUCGGGCGGUGGCUGCAUGGGCGUCAGGUCAGCAGUGAAAUCGAUGAUUGGCGCGCUGGGGGACGGCUGUGGCGGGGGAAGCGGCGCUGGCACGUGCGCCGGCUGCCAUACACAGACAGACAGACAGACAGAGAGAAGAACGAAUGAGCCUUCCUCCAUCAAUGGUCGCUGCGCUGCACAUCCCCUGCAUCCAGGCGAUGCAAGUAUGGCCAUCUGUCAAUGAGUGUCUUACCCACCCAGAAUCCGGGCGGCAUGGUCGAGUGCGGUGGGCUGGUAAUGAUGACACCAUCUGCAGGGGGGCCCGCAGCGGCCAGCAUCACGCCCUCAGAUGGGUAGGACGGCCGGGAGGCCAGCGGCGCACCGUCCCCUGGGUGCAGAGGGGGUGGAACCGACGCAGCCAUCGCCGCGGGCGGGCCCGAGCCCACACCAACACCCUCACGACCGUACAGCCUACCGCACACACACACACACACAACGGAUGGAUGGGCCAGCGGCACUGUUCUCUUUUCUCUCUCUCCCACACGCACCUGUCAUCCGCCUGUGCAGGCUCGAGCAUGCUCUCCCCACUGGCACCCUCCACCCAGGGGAACGGGGGAGCCUCAGCUGCUGCUGCUGCUGCUGCUGCUGAGGCCGCCAUGAGGGGUCCGGGUGGCCCAUGAUGGAAUGGCGGCAGUGGCAGGCCAGUGGGUGUGGCGGAUGACAUCUGCGGCGACGAGAGGUGUGUCGGGGGGCGGGGGAUAGCAGCAGCAGGGAGGGGGAGCGAGGCGAGGAGCUGGGAGGGGUCGUCGAUCGACUGCAGGUGCCGCGCCACGCUGCCCUCCUCUGUCACGACACCACACACAUCAGACCACACGACUCUUACUUACACGGAUCCGGAUGUGGUGUGUUUGUGUGUGUGUGUGUGUGUGUGGCUAUCACCUUUCUCGACCUGCUCGAGCGACUCUUCUUCUGGUGAUUCGGACGGCUUGCCUGGCCGACAGACACCAGAGCAAUCCACACAUGCCUCCCCUUCCCUCCCUGGCUCGCUGCAUUCCUCGGUGUUGGUGACCUGGUAGGAUGCCGGGUGGGCCUUCUACGGUGAGGUCUGAGAAGUCCUGAUCGUGGUCGUGCUCGUCCUCCUCGUGUAUGUGUGGCACGUGAUGCCCCUUGUGCAUGGGCAAAGGGUGGCUGGGCGGCUGGGGGAGCAGCGACGGACCGUCUGUCGUCAAAGUCUGUGUCUGCACCCAGCACCACACCACACCACAGCACAGCACACACAUGACAUGUGGAAGCGUAUGUGGUGGUCGUCACUCACCACCUGCAGGCCCUGCUUGGAGAAGUGCCGGAUCCACUCGUGCCUGCAGCGAUGGAUGGACACCAACGCACGCACGCCGCCGAUGCUUCUCGGCUGCUGGCGUGUGUCAGACUGACUCAGUGACCCACUCACUCCAUGAGUUCUGCGGCGGUGAUUCUCUUCUCAGGGUUCUUCUCAAAACACGCCAUCAGGAAACUCUGCAGCUCCUGCACACACACACACCACAGAAGGGACCAAGCCAUUCCCGCAGAGUUGACCCACCGACGACUCACCGGCGAUAUGUCGUGUGGGAGGGGCGGGCGGGGGUCCUGAACGAUGCGGAACAGCGCCGGCAUGGCUGACAGACAGGGCAGGGGAGGAAACACACACACACACACACACCUCUUUGUUGAUGGUGUUUUGCGCGUGUGCGCGUGGAAUACGUGCUAGGUCGAAGUAGGGCGGCUUGCCCGUCAGCAUCUCGAUCACCGUGCACCCAACGCUCCUACGCACACCACACCGACAGACAAACAGACAGAGAUGUGUGCUUUCAUUGGGUUCCCUUCCCCAUCCCCUGGCCGUCUGUCUGGUCACCAUACCAUAUGUCGCAUGCCGUGCUGGUGACGUGCAUCUCAAUGAUCUCGGGGGCCACUGCAGGUAUACAGGCACACAGCAACGUGCAAGGCAAGCAAGAACAUCCAGCCCUCCCUCCGUCCUCAGUCCCUCCCUCCUUCUAUCUAUCUCCUCACUCACUCCAGUACGGUGUGCCCACGACUGAGCUGGUCUUCUCCGCCUCGCUCAGACUGCGGGCCACACCUGAGUUGAGUGAGGUCAUGCACCCAAAAAAAAGGAGCCAGCCAGCCAUCAGUACUGGCCCUAUACUCGGUGGCUGGUUGUGUGUGGUUGUGAUAUAUACCGAAGUCUGCCAGCUUGACGAUGCCCCUCUUGGUCGUGAGGAUGUUGGCACCCUACACACACGAUAGAUUUGCGCCAAGAUAGGAAUGACAAGAGCGUGUUUUCAGCUCGCUCACUUUGAUAUCUCGGUGGACCACUCCCUGCUCGUGAAGAUAGCGCAUCCCGCGCAACACCUGGCUGACAUGAAGGCAAGCAAAGGAUGUUGAGAGGGAGGUGGCUUGCCUGGCUGGCCUGGCCUGACUAGGUUAGGUACCUGUGAGGUGUAAAUGGCCGCGAGGGUCUCCAUGAAGCUGCCGUACUUUUUGAUGAUGCUGGCCAGAGACCCGCUCUCCACAUACCUGACCACAGGCCACACACAAGGGAUGGAGGGAGGGAGUCAGGCAGAGAGAUCCCAUCCCAUACACCGCCUCCCUCCCUCCCUCCCUCCCUCCCUGCCUCCCUGUCUGCUGCGGUACUGCCACUCGCACUCGGAGCUCACUCGAGGACGAUGUAAAGAAAGGUGCCGUCGGUGAGUGAGUCGUGAUACUUGACGAUGUUGCGGUGGUUCAAACGACGCAGCAAACUGAUCUCCAUCUGAUGCAUGAUGCACAUACAUAAAUAUGCCCGAGGGCAGGCAGGCACGCAUGACAGCGUGCCGUUGACUGACUCCCUUACCCGCAGUGAGUCGAGUUUUUCCUUGGACAGGUUGUGUGUGGGCACCUGCUUGACCGCCACAAACUCCCCCGUCUUGGUGUCCAAUGCCUUAAACACUACCCCGAAGCCACCCUUGCCAAUCGCCUCGCCCAGUUGCUGCAUGAACACCACAGACAGGCAGACAGAAACUGGGGAUGAAUGAAUGCAUGAAGUGUACUCCUGGCGUCUGCGAUGCUCACGUAUCGGCCAAUCUUGAUGCUCGACAUCCUCUGCUUCGCUGCUCGGGGCUCGGUGUCACUCUCAGGCCCCCAGGAAGAUCUGUUUUGAAAUUCCUCACUCUCGCUGUCGAAGAGGCAUUACACGAGCAUCCUGAAUGGCUCUGGGAGGG